AUGGCGGCAACCCGCGAUAACAGGUUCCUGCGACCAGGGAGGAGUUUUCACUCUCCCCUCGGCAAGUUUUGGCAAACCAAAAGUGAAGACAGAGAGGGCGAUGUCGAGCUGGGCGCAUUCUUGCCAAAGCGUCCUCCGUCCUGGACUUACGAGAACGACGAUGACCAACUGGCCGCAAGUGAAUCAGACGCAAAGGGAAUGAGCAGAAGAUACCAUUCACGCCGCCUGGCAGAUCGGUCGCGCACAGCCACUUCCUCAGCGCUUACCAAAUCCCGUUCGUCGGCUUCGGCGCCAACGACAUCUAGCAGACACAAAUAUCAGCGAUUUCGAUCUCGAACUUUUUUUAGGUUGUGGUUUCUGACCAAGACUACCUUGAUGACCCUAGGACUUCUGCAGUGCGUAGUCUUCAUAUGCAGUAUUUUGGAGGCCCUCUUCCCUGACGACCUCGACCUUGUCUCCGGUCCGCUCAAAGCCAGCUUUUUGUCCCCGAAUACACCGGAUGCAUCAUGGAAUAGCAAUCUUGAUGUACUUACGGCAGAUGUGCAGCCUUUCAUGUGCCACUCUCACAACGACUACUGGCGGCGGGAACCUUUGUACAGCGCGAUUCACGUGGGGUGCACGGGCGUCGAAGCAGACGUGUGGCUUUUCGGCGACGAGCUCUACGUGGCACACAGAACGUCAGGCAUACGACCAAACAGAACGCUAGACACUCUAUAUUUGGAUCCCCUGAAAGAGAUCCUCGAUCACAAAAACAUGAUUCCUGAUCUCCUGGGUCCGGGCGACGUGAUCAAUCCACCACGCUUUGGCGUCUUUGACACUAAACCCAGGCAGUCUCUUGUUCUUCUGGUGGACUUUAAGAAUAAGCCGGACGAGAUCUGGAACCGUGUUGAUGCCCUGCUCGCACCCUUCCGCGACAGGAGGUACCUCACUUAUUUUAACGGAUCCGAUGUGGUUAGCGGACCCUUGACUAUUGUGGUCUCUGGCGAUGCGCCCUUCAACCGUGUCAUCGAGAAUUCAACAUAUAGAGACAUUUUUUUUGAUGCUCCCCUGCACGACUUGGAUUCCUUGCCAGGUAUUCCUUUUCUCUCCCCGCCACCAGCGGCAUCAAAUAUCCAUGUCGACGACAUAUCACCAUCGACUGAGCCACUUUCUCAACCGCCGGCCGAUCCGUUGAGCAGCUACUCCCUCUAUAACUCAUAUUAUGCCUCUACUUCUUUCAGGCGCUCAAUCGGCUACCCAUUCCACUCGUCGCUCACCCAGCCUCAACUCGACAAGAUUCGACGGCAGAUCCGUGCCGCCCACGCCAGAGGUCUAAAAGUCCGCUAUUGGAGUAUUCCCCCUUGGCCCAUUGGAUUGAGAGACUACCUCUGGAGAGUGCUAGUGAGAGAGGGUGUAGAUUAUCUGAGUGUCGAUGAUAUUGAGGAUGUCAGGCGCAAGGACUGGGGUCCGAGGAAAGGGGGCUGGGGGAAGAAAUGGUGGAGGUGA